GACAUUUCAUAGCGAAGCCGACAAAAGUGGAUGCACACUUUUUUGUCUUAAAUAGUUUUUCAAAAUUUUAUGGUGUUUAAAAUCAAACGUUAGAAAGUUGUUAGGAAAAUUUGAAGUAUUAAAAGUGACAGUUUUAAUUCUUAGCAUUUCUGUAGUGUUUGAUAUGAGAAUUAAGUUGCGGCAGUAGACUCUUCGUUUUCCCUCCAAAUACACAGAUCUUGAUCUUUAAAAUGCCUCUCUUGAGAAAAAAGAUUUUCGAGAAACAAAUUGUGCCAGAUUUCCUGCGAGAUGACGAAGAAGUGUUCUAUUGUGAAAUCACAAACGAAAUAUUUAGAGACUAUCAUGAAUUCUCGGAGAGAAUGUUUCUUUGUAAUUCGAUGGUAUGGACGUGUUCCAUGACAGGCAAAUCAAAUCUUACAUACCAAGAAGCCGUUGAGAGUGAGGAACAUGCAAAGCAGUGCCUCAAGGAAUUUCCCAGUGAACUGAAGAUACCAAUUUUAUACCUAGCAACCUUAACAAAAAGAACAUCGUUUGGAGAUAUGGCCGAAGACAUAUUUAUAUACAUAAAAGAACGGUAUUUUGUUGGUGAAAAUUUAGAAGCCAGUUUUACAACAAACAAAUGGAAAGAAUGCCAUAUUUUGUCGGUAAUUGCUCCUAAUGAAGAACAAUAUAAAAACGAUAUAAAAACUAAUGGGAGUGUCAGUCCUACAGAGAGAAAUUUUAUACCAUCUGCAAAUUUGUACAAAUAUGAAAUUGAACAUUUGGACUCAGAAGACACCGAUAUUAGUGAAAUAAUGAUUGUUGAUAGUGCCCAGUUAAGACGAAAGAAGGCACUGUUUUCUAGAGAUAAAUGUAAACUAUUUUUAAAGCAAUAUGUUGAACAAGACGACAGAGGAAUAUUUAUAAUAAAACAAGCUAUUCUUGACAAGUUUAAUAUAAGCAGUGUAAAGUGGGAAAUGAUAUUUAAUGGUCCCCUUCCGAAUUUCCAAAGUUCAAAGAAUUUCGAGAAAGCUGUUAACAACAAAAAGAAGCAUAAACAGGAGACUUUGUCGAAAUACUUGGAAAAGAAUGGAUUUGUGAUGAAGAGGGACGGUGAAGCUAAAGUAGGUAAAAAUAACAAUUUGCUUGAGCAAAUGAAAAAGAGGGAGGAAGAAUUUAAAAUUCAGAAACAGCUAAAGGAAGAGCAAAGGCUGGCUGAAAAGCAAAGGAAAAAAGAAGAGAGCAACAAGUUGGCCUCAUAUUUCAGAGAUUGGUUAAAGCAUAAAGAAGAUCUGGAACUUGAAGAUCAGAAAAAACUUCCCACAUUUACACCAGUAAAAUCAAAAUGUGAGAAAUAUUUCGGGAACAUAGUUGUAAUCCUGGAGUUUGUUCAUACUUUUCAAAAACUUCUAUCCACAAGGGAUUUUUUUCCUGGCGGCUUUACAUUAGAUGUUAUGGAGAGAGCCUUAACAGAGAAAGAAGUGGCUGGGCCAUUAACCGAUUUAAUACAGAUGUUGUUGGCUGCCAUAUUUAACUGUCAGGAGGAGGAGUCUAAUAAUUAUAAUACAGGAAUUGAAAACUUGAAAGAUAUAAACGAAGAGGAUUUAUCUAAAAACGUAAGCAUCAAAGAAGGAACCCACCUAGCCACAUUGGCUUCCAGGUGGCCCAUAAAAUACCAAGGCCUCCCUUUGAGUAGAUUACCCUUGUAUUCCCUAACCGUCUCCGAGGUUCUAAGACUUCAUCUCCUCUCCUCCGGCGCAAGAAUAAAGGAAUCCGGUGCAAAAUGGCGGUACGCUCAAAGAGGAGGUUACACCAACGAGGACGACCCUGGGUUACACUUAAGGUUACACCAGGCCCACAUUUUACGUUCCUUGGCCGUACAUAACGUGGUACAACUACCGAUAAGCGACAAAAUUGACAUAAUCGAUUGCCUGAUCAAUCAGUUGCUCAGUUACGCAGAUGUGCGAGAUGUCGUAGAAGAGAAAAUAGAGAAAAUCAGGGUAGCCAAGAUCGAUUUGAGGUCGGCCAGAGCUACGGAACGACGGAGGGAGGUGGAGUACGGUGCGGAGAAGAUCAAGGCGAAGAAAGAGUUGAAGGGGGAUUUGAACGCUUUGCAGGCGGCGCUGGAGAAAUUGAAGUUUGAAUACGAUAAUAAGGAGUUUGAUAAUAAACAGAAGAUCGAUAAGUUGAUGAAGGUAGCUAAUGACGGACAAACGCUUUUAGGAACUGAUAGAGCUUAUCGUAAAUACCUCAGAAUUGAAUCUAUACCCGGCAUAUUUAUAAACUGGGAAAACGAAACAGCAGGCCUCUGCUUAGAGAAAUUUACCAUUCAGUAUCCAGAACUAACUACAGCCGGUAAAUCAGAACUUACCUCACAUAUUAAAAAAUUGUACGCACCAGAAACCAGCGCCAAAGAAACCUCCCCAACCAAAUCACCCAAAAGGACCAACGGUAUUAGAAAAUCAUUAUCAAGCAGCGAUGUAGAGACGACCAAGGAAUUGUUACUUUGCACAACAAACGCAGUCACUUGUCCAGUUCACAACGACAAUUUCUCAUCGUCUAGAUGGUUUUUCCUCUACAAAAAAGAGCAGCUUGAAGAUCUGAUUGAUGCCCUUAAUAAAAGAGGAAUCAGGGAAGGGGAGCUUAAGGAUUUUCUGGUGUACGAGAAGGAUCAUCUUAUAAAUUUACUGUAUAAGACACCGAUAAGUUUGUUAAAUCCGGAAGUAGAAAUCUCAGAGGAAGAAAAGGAGGAAAGAGAGAGUAGACAUAAUAGACCAAAUGGCAGUACAAAGAAAAAAGAUAGAUAUGAGGAUGCGAAUUUGGGAUACCCAUUAGAAUUGAAAUCUGAAGAAGUACUCGAAAACGUCCUUAUCGAAAACGUUUUAGAAAUGGAAGAGAAAGUUACAGCUGGAGGUUUGGGAACUUUAAAAAUGAAAGAUCGAGACAAGUGGAGAAACUUCCUGCAAAAUAAACAGUACAGCGAGUUUGAGGCGCUUCCAAAAUCAGAAAUCGACAAGGAAAACCGACAUUUAAAGGUUAAGAAACAAGAAAAAGGCAAAAAUAACAGUAGGUCGAGUACGCCCGAAGUACCCGAUAAAAAAGAAGAGAAAGAAUAUCAAGAUCCAGGUAAAUAUCUUGGUUCUGAUGUGAAAGUUAAAUCGGAGAACUUGGAUGAAGGUGUCGAACAAAUCGAGUCCACUAAAACGGCGAUUCGAUGCUUGGCUCAUGCCCUCUGUCAUGUGGCGGACGCAGUUGACGCAAAACACAUGAAACGACCCUUGGGGCAUGCUGACGUCAGGGCAAACAACAAACACAAAGACGAAUACGACGUUUUGGACCGAUGGCAGCAAUCUCUACUGGCGUCGACCAGUUUCAGUCAGAUCUUUUUACAUUACGGCACUCUGGACUCGUGCGUGAUGUGGUCACGGUCAGCAUUAUUAGCUCGAUGUCAAAUUUGCCGACGACAGAACAACUCCGAGAACAUGCUGUUGUGCGACUCCUGCAAUUUGGGACACCAUAUGUAUUGCCUCAAACCUAAAUUAACUAUUGUUCCUAAAGGCGAUUGGUUCUGUGACAAAUGCAAAAAAGAAAAGGAGAAACAGGAAAAGCUUCUGAGUCCGGAACCAGUUAAGAAAAGACGUAGAAUAUUUAUUGAGGAGGAGGUGGAGGAGGAGGAAGAACAAGACUCGGGGAAUGUGGAGGACGGAGAGGACCAGGAGAGUAGCGAGGGUGACCUUGAAGAAGAGGAAGACGAACCAACUACCGAUUUCAAAAUAGAACUAUGCAAAUCUUGUCAUUCAGGCGGCGAAUUGGUGUCCUGCGAGAAAUGCCAAUCCGGUUUCCAUAAAGAAUGCGUCGAACCGCCUCUAAGGCGACUCCCUAGAGGACCGUGGACGUGCCCAUCUUGUCAAAAGAAAGACAUGAAACAUGAACGAGUAUACCGUGAAAGAGCGACUGAAACUGAAUCUGACUCAGACUGUGACAGCGGCGCAGUCAAGCUCGCCGGCCUUGUAUUAAAACAAAGGCGUUGUGCCGCCAAAGCCAAUAUUAAGAUCCAUAAUUUUGUCAAAGCCCUUCAGCCACAUUCUAAGAUGGAUAGAUUUGAAAAUGAAGAUUCCGAUGGCGGAGGUGGAAGUCGAGUCGUAAGGUCUUCACGACGGGAAGAAACGCGUGAAGACCUUCCUCUUCAUAACGCGGCGUUGCAAGAGUUACUGAGUGACGUCAUGAAGCACGAAGACGCAUGGCCGUUCAUCAGACCGGUUCAACAAAAAGAGGUACCUGAUUAUUAUGAAGUCAUUUCAAACCCUAUGGAUUUCGGUACGAUAAAAUACAAAUUAAACGUUGGAGAUUACAGUACAGAUAGUCAGGUGUUAAAAGAUGUGGUUCUCGUAUUUGAAAAUUGCAGUACCUAUAAUUCCAGUGAUGCUGAUGUUUACAAGUGCGGUAUGCGAUUGCUAAAGUAUCUCGCCAAACGAGCCAAACAAAUUGGACUGAAGGUACCACCAGAAUUGGAAGAGGAAGAAGAUGAAGAUCUGGAACCUAAACCAAAAAGAAGCGAACAAAAUAGUAUUACAGUAGUUUCUUCCGCGGUUAACUUUAUACGAAAACGUUUAUUUUAUAGAGCUCGUCGGCAGUCGUGA